UCUUUGAAAUCUUCAUUGUUGUCUCCUACAGCGAUAGGCGAAUCGCUGGUGCGAACUUUUUCCAGUGGUUCGCAACUGAGAAAAUAAUGAUAUAGAAUAAAAAUAUAUAUAUUUUCAAAAAAUAAAAGAAAAGCAUUAUAUGAUAGCUCCAAUGGCGCUCACAAAUUAUAAACUAUCUAUAUUUCUUUUGUGCAUCUUGCUGCCGCUCGCAGCUCAGGCUAAAAUCGCCGAUUUCGACGAAUAUUUGCAAAAGAAGGCUGCGGAAUCGUACGAGGAAUCCUUGAACUCGUUCGAUCCCAACCCCGAAGGCGUGACCGAUGAUUUCAACAUGAUGGUUGGCAAGGCCUUGAUCGGUACCAAAAACGCGACGAGGAGAAAUCUCCGUAACGAGGAUGGGUGCAAGGCGACCAACCCGAUCGAUCGUUGUUGGCGGUGCGACCAGAACUGGGACAAGAACAGGAAGAGGCUGGCCGAGUGCGGCGCCGGGUUCGGGUACCGCACAACCGGCGGGAAAGAAGGGAGGUACUACGUGGUCCACGACCCGUCGGACGACGACAUGGUGAACCCUAGACCGGGCACCCUGCGGCACGCCGUGACCCAGAGCGAGCCGCUGUGGAUCGUGUUCGCCCACAGCAUGGUGAUCCGGCUGAAGCAGGAGCUGAUCGUGAGCAGCCACAAGACCAUCGACGGCCGCGGCGUGCAGGUCCACGUGGCCUACGGCGCCGGCAUCACGCUGCAGUUCGUGCAGAACGUGAUCAUCCACAACAUCUGGAUCCACAACAUCGUCCCCGCCAGCGGCGGCACCAUCAGGGACGCCGUCGACCACGUCGGGCUGCGGACGCAGAGCGACGGCGACGCCAUCACCGUCUUCAGCUCCAGCAACGUCUGGCUCGACCACAUCUCCCUUUCCAAGGCCACCGACGGCCUCAUUGAUGUCAUCGAGGGCUCCACCGCCAUCACCAUCUCCAACUGCAAAUUCAACCACCACAACGAUGUGAUGCUCUUGGGGGCAAAUGACCUGAGCUCCAAAGACGCGAUCAUGCAAGUGACGGUGGCCUUCAACAGAUUCGGGAUCGGGCUCAUCCAGCGCAUGCCCAGGGCACGAUGGGGGUUCGUCCACGUCGUCAACAAUGACUACUCCCAUUGGGAACUCUACGCCAUCGGCGGUAGCGCUCACCCCACCAUUAUUAGCCAGGGCAACCGCUUCAGAGCCUCCAACUACCGUUACACUAAAGAGGUGACUAAGAGGGACUACGCCCAAGAGAGCGAGUGGAUGAAAUGGCAGUGGCGGUCGGAGGGCGAUCUGUUCACGAACGGGGCCUACUUCCGAGAGUCGGGCCCACCGUUGAAACACACGAAGAACCCGUUGACGGGGGAGAAUUUGAUCAAGUACAAGCCGGGAUCAUUCGUCGGGAGACUCACGCGCAGCUCCGGUGCACUUAGAUGCCGCAAUGGUCACUAUUGCUAGAUCAUAUAUAUUUCAUUUUGUUUAGAGAUUGAAUUUUUAUUUUUUGCUUUUCGAUCGACUUGUGUGAGGCAUUGAGGAAUGAGAAAGUGUAAUGAAUUGCCACUACCGGACUAUUUUAAUUAUAACAAGACUUCUAUACAUAUAUAUA